AUGUGCCAACCGUUCUAUCUCCACUUCAAGAUUAGGAAAGACAAGGAGAGACCCCCUUCCACCCUAGACCAUGGCCAAGUUCGUCGUAACUUCGCGGAGAAGGCCCCGGGGCUAGUAUCAGCUGCUGUAACUUACUCGAAGCCUCGAUUGGCCACACUUUGGCAAUACGCCAAGGAUGAGCUGGUUCCCCCAACCCCUGCUGAACUCCCUGCAGCUAUUCAGAGUGCGAAAAAAAUAAUUCAAAGUGCUAAAACUGGUAGCUUCAAACAUCUUACGGUUAAGGAAGCUGUGCUGAAUGGUUUGGUGGCCACUGAGGUGUGGAUGUGGUUUUAUGUCGGAGAGAUCAUAGGCAAACGUGGCAUCGUUGGCUAUGAUGUGUGAAGACUGACCUUCACAUCUGAUUUUAUUUGAGUUCUUUCAAUAUUCUUGGACCACAUGUAAUGAGACUGCUAUCUGAAUAAAAUACCAACUGUCAAAUUAAAA